AUGCGAAAGUUGCAGAGUCCCGAAGCUGCGGUCGCUCCGUACCGCACCACAACUCAAGCCUGGCCAAGUCCGUCCCGUCCGUCCGACGCCCGAAGCGACUCGAACACGACGACCGAAUUCCCGGGCUCGAGUCUGCCGUUGCGAUCGCUCGUCGCCCCUUCGGAGCCACCCGCGAAGUCCGGAGCCGGCAGGCCGGACCGGCGAACAGACUCGACUCUCUCUGCCGGUGUCUCUGUCCAGCGAGUCCGACGUUUCUGCUCGCUCUCGCCAACAUCCACGUCGACGUCGACAUGGACGCAGCGGGUGACCGCCGAGUCCAGCCGGCCUACCAGUCCUGCUCGAGCUCGGCAGACGGGGACCUCCUCUCCGGCCGAACGGUCCGACAGUCCCGAGGCGGCCGGCAACAGAAGAACACCCUCAGCCCGGGCCGACUCAAAGGACACUCUUUCUGUUGUCUGUCUGCGACAGUCGCCAACGGCAACGGCGAGCCGUCGUGUCGGUCUCGAGCCUUUUCUGCCCACCGGGCCGGCCAGUCAAUGUCUGAGCCUCACAUUUGGCGGGUGGGCUGAAGCGGACAGUUUAAGUGCGAGUUCGGCGAGUCCGGCCGAGGCCAACUACGCCUGGGCGAGACGAGAUGGCGCCGGUACCGUUUCGUCGAAGAAACAGCGCUUCCCGGGCCGUCGGUUCACGCCGUCGCUAGCACAACUGGGCCGCAGUUUCAGCGGUCCCUAUACCGCCAAGCACAAGUUUGCAAAGCAGUCGUCCGCGAACCGCAGUCAGGCGAAAGAAGCGAUGGUGACCAAGUCGAGUCUGUGA